AUGCUUGGAUUUGAAUACCAAUCAAAAAGAGGGUACAUAGGAUUAGAUUACUACGGAAGAACAGCCAGAAUCAAGAUAAUGCCAUUUGGAAUCCACAAGGGACACACAGAAUCCAUGAUGAAACUUGUUGACAAAGAAUCCAGAGCAAAAGAACACAACCAACAAUUUGAAGAAAAAACUGUGUUGCUGGGAGUUCAUGACAUAGACAUCUUCAAAGGCAUUAAUCUGAAGCUUUUAGCAAUGGAACAAAUGCUGAAACUACAUCCAUAUUGUAAACUUGGGUAUCGACUAAUUAUUUACAUAGACAAACCAUUGUCAGUUGGUGAAAGGGUUGCUUACUAUAGCAUAGCUGAAUGUGUAGUGGUGAAAUCUGAAGCAAGUAAAGGUCUUGUUGUGGAGAAGAUCUUCACAUCAAUGGAUGAAAAUGGGAAACCAGUUCAUUUUGUGCUUUGUGUGGGUAAUGAUCGAUCUACUGAAGAUAUGUUUGAAAUAAUCGAGAAUUCAAUUUCAAGAAAAGAAAAAUAUUAUCUUGAUGACACCAAUGAAGUUAUUUUAAUGCUUGAAAGUAUGGUUGAAGCUAGUGACUCUCCUGCUUUAUCUAAAGAUGAAAAUUACGGGUCCCGUUAUCCUUAA